GGCAGUCUCGUUUCUCCGGAGAAACGUGAACGCAGCACAGGGAAGGAUGCGUUGAGGGAUAGAGAGAGAGGACAACAACAAAAAAAAUGGACAUCGACCGAAAAUAGCCCGGCCGUUUGUGUCAGAGAUCUUACUGGCACUUAAUACUUGGCGUGAGGGGGAAAAAAAAAGAGGAGAGUUUCCAAACUUCGGGGGCAUGGAGGUCCGCUUCGGUAACAUCGUAUUUAGCUCCAAGUUUGACUCGGGUAACCUGGCACGAGUGGAGAAAGUAGAGAAGGGGAGCUCGAGCCCUCCCUCUGAUGGACCCUCCGGGGGAAGUUCCCUCUCGGGCCCACACCUCACCCCUGACUACGAGUUCAACGUGUGGACCCAGCCAGACUGCGUUGGCACAGAAUACGAGAAUGGAAACAGGUCAUGGUUUUACUUCAGCUUGCGGGGCGCCAUGCCGGGGAAAUUGCUGAAGAUUAACGUGAUGAACAUGAACAAUCAGCGGAAGCUUUACAGUCAGGGUAUGGCUCCUCUGGUGCGCACCUCACCUGGCAAAAACCGCUGGGAAAGAGUCCGCGACAGACCCACAACCGAGAUCGUAAACAACCAGUUCAUUCUGUCUUUCACUCACCGGCUGCUGGAUGUGCGAGGAGCAACCACCUACUUCUCCUUCUGCUACCCGUUCUCUUACACCGAGUGCCAGGAGAUGCUCCGGCAGCUGGACGAGAGCCACCCCAACGCCGCUCAGCUCAGUCCGAGCAGCCCACCAGGCACUGUGUAUUAUCACAGGGAAUUGCUGUGCAACUCUCUCGAUGGCAACAGGGUGGACCUCCUCACUGUGACCAACUGCGGGGGCAUGCAGGACGAGAGAGAAGCCCGUCUGCCCAAGCUGUUUCCCGACACCAACACUCCCAGGCCGCACCGUUUCCCGGACAAGAGGGUGUUUUUCCUCAGCAGCCGCGUGCACCCCGGAGAAACGCCGUCCUCGUUCGUGUUCAACGGCUUCCUUCACUUCAUCCUUCGACGGGACGACCCCCGGGCGCACGUGCUGCGCAGCAUGUUUGUGUUCAAGCUCAUUCCCAUGCUCAACCCGGACGGGGUUGUCCGAGGACACUACAGAACUGAUUCCAGAGGGGUGAACCUAAACCGACAGUACUUGAACCCCAGCCCUGAACUCCAUCCUUCCAUCUAUGCAGCCAAAACCUUAUUGCUUUACCACCACACACACAACCGGUUACACGUCACGCAACCCGCCGCACGCGGCAACGGCUCCCACCAGACACAGCCCGCUCCUCUAACCAACAAGCCAACGAAUCAGCAUCAGUCCCCUCCCCUUACUCCCCUCGAAAUCAGCUUGAACCAACGAAACGCUGAGAAAGGCGGGAGUCCCGCGCAGACGGAGGUGCCCAUGGUGAUGGAGGAGAACAGCUGGACCGCCACAGAGUCGGGGAAAGAGGACCGGAACUGCUCUUCGGGUUCCUCGGAGAAGGCGGCUUCUGAAGCGGGAGAGAGCGUUGGUCCAGAGGUGGAGGAAAGUGAAUCAGUGCCUCCACAGGAGGGAGGCGUGGCGUAUUACGUGGACCUACACGGCCACGCCUCCAAACGCGGAUGUUUCAUGUAUGGAAAUAACCUUCCAGAUGAGAGCCAGCAGGUGGAGAACAUGCUGUAUCCGAGGCUGAUUGCUGUGAAUUCUGCCCACUUUGAUUUCCUGGGCUGUAACUUCUCAGAAAAAAACAUGUAUGCGCGUGACAAGAGGGAUGGUCAGUCUAAAGAAGGCAGUGGCCGGGUGGCCGUUCACAAGGCAAUAGGACUGCUUCACAGUUAUACUUUGGAGUGCAAUUAUAACACAGGAAAAACCAUGAACAGUAUCCCACCCGCCUGCCACGACAACGGACGGGCAACCCCGCCUCCGCCCUCAUCGUUUCCUCCAAAAUACACUCCAGAGAUAUUUGAGCAGGUGGGACGUGCUGUGGCUGUCUCUGCCCUGGAUAUGGCAGAGUGUAAUCCGUGGCCACGUCUCGUGCUCUCUGAGCACACCUGCCUAACCAAUCUCCGAGCCUGGAUCCUCAAGCACGUCCGCAAUACCAAAGGUCUGAAUAUGCACAUCAAUGCGCUCCCAAAAGUACAUAACAAUGGCAGCAAGGUGUCGCCACCAAAAAGCUUCAACAACAGCUUUCUGUCUGGAUCAGCGUCAGAAAACACGGUUGGCCGCGUCCGCUGCAACAGCCAGAGCAGCAGCAGCCAGACUCCCUCUCCAAAAAUGCACAGCUCUCCAAGCUUUACCUUUGGCUGCCCCCCGCCCCGAAGUCACGCACAGCACAACAACACACACAUCGGAGGACGCGGCGUCAACAGGACACUUGGACCUGUUCGGGACGCUAAACCUCAGGAGAAGAGACGCCCCCCCCACAACCGUUCCGUUCUCAGAUCUCCCGGCAACAGCCACAAACCCUCCCGUCCCCCUCCAUCACCCCCUUCCUCAUCCUCGUCCUCCACCUCUUCCUCAGUGUGUGCCGCAGGCUCUUGCCCCCUACCGGCUCCCGUCGUCAAUAUAACAGGCAUCAGCUGCCCUGAUUUUAAGGUUGAUGGAGCCAGUACGGCUGUCUGGUCCAGAACGCGUGCUGGCCGUGUAGGCCGAGGCUGUCGAGGUCUCGCAGUCAGUCACCGCCCGGCAGAGAGCCGUGGAGAGACGUCUAAAGACAAGGGGCCCGAACAUAUCCUGUCAUCUAUGAAAUUCAGCAAGUGCGAGCUGCAGCGUCACUCCAGCCGCAUCCCCAUUCGCAGAGCGGGAUCAUCUGACGCUCCUCUGCCUCACCUUAAAGCUUCUAGCCCCUUGUCCGGAGACAAGGAGGUGGCCUCCACCAUGAAGGUCUUGAAGCUGCUCAGACCGGGCCUCCACAGACAUCUGACCAUAUCAGGCAUGUGCACACGCUUUUCGCACUCAUUUUUGCUGUGCAUUCAUAAAUUACCCAAAGCGUCUGCAUUUGGCAAAAGAUCAAUUUCUCUAAAUUUGAAUUUCAAAAAAUGAGAAUGAAGUGUCUUG